AACGCGGAAGUGGUGAUUGUUUUGGUUUUCGUGCCAUGGAUGGAGGUCAGAAAACCCGGUUUUAGAAUAAUACAAAAUCGUAACGGUCACGGAGGGAGCCCAAUAUAGUCUGAUAUUUCAUGAAAAUGUUCGGGAAGCCUUCAGGUUAUGAUUAUCAGUCUUUAUCGCAGAGAGAUACAGGGUGCAGUGAAACUCCUGGACUGUUCUCAUCUCACUCGGUACUGACUCACGGUCAAUAUGAUCAGAGAGGACAUUCAUUUGAUUAUGUGCCUAAAGUCACUCAAAACGACUUCACAGAUAAAUCUCAAGGAUUGUUGUCCUGGAUUUGCAAUCUGAUCGUAACUUUCCUGGUUUUUCUCAUCACAUUCAUAACCUUUCCCAUAUCUGGAUGGUUUGUCUUAAAGGUUGUACCAAACUAUGAAAGAAUUGUUGUGUUUCGUCUGGGUCGGAUCCGUCCUCCUAAAGGUCCAGGAGUGGUUCUGGUUUUACCCUUGAUUGAUCAGUGGCAGAAAGUGGACCUCCGGACCCGGGCCUUUAACAUCCCACCCUGCAAGGUGGCCACUAAAGAUGGUGGUCUGGUUUCGGUUGGAGCCGAUAUUCAGUUCCGGAUCUGGAGUCCAGUAAUGUCAGUGGUGGCUGUGCAGGAUCUAAACGCCUCCACCCGUCUCACCGCGCAGAACGCCAUGAUGCAGUCGCUGAGCAAAAAGACACUGAGAGAGAUACAGACAGAGAGAGUCAAACUCGGGGAGCAUCUCGGGAUGGACAUGAAUGAGAUGACGAAGCCGUGGGGGCUGGAGGUGGACCGGGUGGAGCUGAUCCUGGAAGGUGUGCUCCAGGAUCCAGAUGGGGGCCACUCGGGGCCGUUCAUUAUGCCUCCUUCUGUCCCAGGGUUAGAAAGUCUCACUGGCCCCAUACAGCAGCUCGCCAUGCAUUUCCUGAGCCAGACAGCUGCGUCUGAAACCAGCAAAGGAGAUACUGUGAGUUUCACCAAUGAGCUAAAUUCAGCUGCAGCUGUGAGUUGUUGCAGUGUGGAUGGACUGAUGUCUGCAGUCAGAUCAGUGCUGUCAGAGGAGCUGGUCAAUCAAGUGGGAGCCUGUUAUCACUUUCAGAUCAACACUAACUCUGGACAGAUUAGCAACUACUACGUGGAUCUGACACAAGGUCAUGGGGCGUGUGGUGCGGGUGUCCUGCCGAGAGAGCCAGAUGUUUCUCUGUGCAUGAGCGAGCAGAAUCUGUUGGCCAUGUUCCAGGGUGACCUGCGGCCGUUUGUUGCCUACAGUAGCGGCAGACUGAGAGUUCAGGGAGAUUUGAACACUGCCAUGAGGCUGGAAACACUCAUCAAACUACUCAAACCAACAUGAAGGGAUAUAAUUGCUUAUAAUGUUUUCAUUUAUUCAAGAUUAAAGUAUAUACAUUAUUUAAAGGGAUAGUUCACCCAAAAACUAAAAUUCUGUAAUCAUCUUGUUUUAAACCCAUAUGACUUUUAUUGUAUUACUUUCAAUGUUUGCUAAAAAGAUGUCAUGAAAGUGAAUGGUGACUGAGGCUGUUGGUCCUUAACAUUUCUUCUUUUUUGUGUUCUGUGGAAGAAAGAAAGUCACACAUGUUUGGAACAACAAGAGGGUGAGAAAAUGCUGACGGUAGUUCAUCAUAUUUUUUAAGGUUUACACCUGUGCAUGUUUGCAAGAUUGCACAUUUCAAUACAAACAUUUUAUUUAUUUAUUUUAAUUGUAUUUUUGAUUAAAAUUGUAUUUCUUGGUUGUUUCAGUGUAGUUUGUCAUUUUUCAUUGAUCUGUUUAUAAUAGUGGGGGGUGUCUGUGACUCGCAUUUCAAUUCACUGAUGUACACAUUACAUUUUUUGUACUGUUCAAAAUCUAUGACUGAUUUACUGUAUAACAUUUUUCACUUUGUCAUUUUUUAAGGAAAUUUCAGUGUUCAGUAAAGCUAAAUCGACAGCAUUUGUGGCAUAAUGUUGAUUACCACAAAAAUAAUUAUGACUUGUCACUCGUUUUCUUUAAAAAAAAAAAUCCAAAAUCUGUUACAGUGAAUCACUUACAAUGGAAGUGAAUGGGGUCAAUCUGUAAACAUUAAAAUUCUCACUGUUUCAAAAGUUUAGCCACAAGACGAAAACAAUAUGUGUGUUAACAUGAUUGUAGUAUGAUAAAAUCGCUUACUAACCUUUUCUGUGUAAAGUUAUAUUCAACUUAACACUGUAAACCCUUAAGCCUAAAAUGACUGUAAAAAAAUCACGGUUUAAACAACUUUACAGCUCAAAUAAUACACACGUUUUAACAGAAGAAUUAGUUUAAGUACUUUUAUAAAAUUAUAAGCUUCACAUUUCAGCCUUUAAACCCUCCAAAAAUGGGUUCCAUUCACUUCCACUGUAAGUGCCUCACUGUAACCUCACUGAAUAUUUUGCCACAAAUGCUGUUGAUUGAGCUUAACUUGUAUUGAACCUGGAAUAUUCAGACUCUUUUAACACAAACACUUUUGAUCAGUAUUGUUUUGACAUUACAGAAAUAUAGUUUGUAAUAAAAUGACUAUCCAGUAA